AUGCCGGGCCGAAGCCCAACUGCGUCGCCGUGGGAAGCUCCCCACGCUUUCAAGGUGCACGACGUGGACUUCGGAUUCGGCAGGCCCGAGCGCGUGAGCAGCGGCGGCAACAACAACCCAGCCCACCAAGGCACCAACCCACUUAAUCCUAAUCCUAGGCCCCAGCCGCCGCAGUUCCCGCUCCCGCUCCCGCACCGCAUAGGGCACAGCGCCCCGCCGCGCCCCGCCGCGGCGCCGCCUCUCAGGCCCCCACGCGGCCGCGCCACAGCGCCCAGCCGCUCACCGUGCCACGUCGCCAUCGCCCGCCGGCUGCCGCCGCACCACAGCGCCCACCGCCCGCCUCCACUGGCAGCGCGCCUGCGCCUACGCCUGCGCAAGCAACCGAGCGUGCAGCCGUGCCGGCCCCCGAGCCCGAGGCGGCGAGGCCCCUUCUCCCCGGCAUCGCUCUCCGCCUCUCCUCGUCAAGACCUCGACUCGACUGCAGUCUGCAGGCCGGCCAGCAGGGCGCCACUGGCCACCGCCGUCCGCCAGUUCCUCAGACUGGGGGUGGAUUUGAUUUGA